UACACUCUCCGGAAAAAUAGAAACGUCAAAAUUUUAGUAAACAUUGCCGAUAAUUUUGCUUUUUUGACCGGAAAAGUGCACAAAAAGUGUGAAAAUUGUGUGAAAAAUGACUGAGGGAAAUGCUGAGCAAAUCCCGCAGAAUGCUUUCGAUUCAAUGGCAGAGCAUGAAGCGGAAAUGCAGAGACAGAUUAUGAGUGUACCCCCAUCAAUGGCUGUGCCUCCUCCGGGGAUUCCACCUCCCGGAAUACCUCCAACGGGGAUUCCGCCACCGGGAGUGCCACUGGGGCCGCUUCCAGCACCAGGAACAAUGUCUGUGCCACCUCCGCCAGUUCCCGGAGGGCCACCAGGAGCAUGGAGUCAACCAGAUUCGGGAAAUGAGAGUGAUGAGAAGAUUCCCUCAUUGAUGUCUCUUGUGCUGGAUAAGCCAGACGAGGUGAAGGCUAAGAAACCCGUUGAGGUGGUGCUGCCGAAAGCUCUGGAGGAGGUGCUGGCGCUGAAAGAUCAACGAGCAAUGGAGCUGGGAGGGCAGGCUGAGGACAUCAUGAAAGCCACACAACCUCCACUGUCGACGGGUGUAAUUAGUACGGACUAUGCAGAUGCCGAUGUGGAUUCUGACGAUGAGGUUGAUCUUGCAACAGCACCAGAACCUCAAGCUGCCAAAGCUGAAGGGAAGGUGGACAAAAAUCGCCGAAAGAAGAAGCGAAAGAAGCAAAAUCGGCAGCAGAGACUUGCUGCCCAGCGUGAAGCUGAGGCAAAGAAAGAGGAGGAGGGUAAAAAGGAUGACGGGGCGCAGGAAAAGCCGCCAAAGGUGACGGAAGAAGGGGAGGAAGAUGUGCAAAUUGAGUACGUUCCGGAAAAGAUCACAAUUGCCGACUUGGCACCGAUGUAUCGUCAAUUCUAUCGUGUUUUUGAGUUGUUUAAGAUCGAAGAGAAGCGCCCCAAUGAGGCUGCUCUGGCGGAACAGGCAGCAGCUGAGAAGGCUGCCAAAGAGAAGGCAAAACUCGUGAUGGAGGACAUGGAUGAGGAGGAGGAGUUUGAGCAGGAAAAACUCGAUGACAAGGAGCGAAUGUCAAAGCGGAAGAUGAAGAAACUCACGAGGCUCAGUGUGGCUGAGCUGAAGCAGCUCGUGAGUCGUCCGGAUGUGGUUGAGAUGCACGACGUCACAGCACGUGAUCCAAAGCUCCUGGUACAGCUGAAGGCGCAUCGGAAUACAGUUCAGGUGCCGCGGCAUUGGUGCUUCAAACGGAAGUACCUCCAGGGGAAGCGUGGCAUUGAGAAACCUCCAUUUGAUUUGCCGGCAUUUAUAAAGAAGACAGGAAUUAUGGAGAUGCGGGCAUCGUUGCAGGAGAAGGACGAAGCAAAGACACUCAAGGCGAAGAUGAGGGAACGGGCAAGGCCCAAAAUGGGGAAGAUUGAUAUUGACUACCAGAAGCUGCACGAUGCCUUCUUCAAGUGGCAAACAAAGCCCCGGAUGACGAUACACGGGGAUCUCUACUACGAAGGGAAGGAAUUUGAGACGCGACUGAAGGAGAAGAAGCCGGGAGAUCUUUCGGAGGAGCUGAGAACGGCUCUGGGAAUGCCAAUUGGACCGAAUUGUCACAAAAUUCCACCUCCGUGGCUCAUUGCACAACAACGGUAUGGACCACCGCCCAGUUAUCCGAAUCUCAAGAUUCCCGGACUUAAUGCUCCAAUUCCGGAUGGAACUUCCUUUGGGUACCACGCUGGAGGAUGGGGAAAGCCGCCGGUGGAUGAAAAAGGGAAACCCCUGUAUGGUGAUGUCUUCGGGACGAAUGCUCUGGAUCAGGAUAGUGGGAUUGAUGAUGGGGAUAUUGAUCGGCAGAUGUGGGGUGAGCUGGAGUCUGAAUCUGAGGAAUCGAGCGAGGAAGAGGAGGAAGAGGGUGAAGAUUUGGGCAAUGCUCCCGAUGAGAGUGGUCUUGUUACCCCAGCUGAAGGCCUCGUAACUCCAUCCGGGCUGACGAGCGUCCCAGCUGGCAUGGAGACCCCGGAUACGAUUGAAUUGCGCAAGAAGAAGAUUGAGAGUGAGAUGGAGGACAAUGAGACUCCGGUGCUUUACCACGUACUUCCGGAGAAGCGAAAUGAGCGCAUUGGGGCAUCCAUGAUGGCUUCAACGCAUGUUUAUGACGUUGCGGGGCACCUCAAGGCUCCGCCACCGCCACGAUUCCCACCCAUUGGGGAACGCGAAGGAAUGGUAGAGUUGGCGCUUGAUCCCUCAGAGCUGGACAUGGACAAUGAGGCCAUGGCUCAGCGGUAUGAGCAGCAAAUGCGUGAACAGCAGAGUCAUCUGCAGAAGGAGGAUCUUUCGGACAUGCUUGCGGAGCACGUGGCGCGACAAAAGUCAAAGAGGAAGCGCCAGCAGGUGGACACCAGCAGCAAACAGGCCAAGAAGUACAAGGAGUUCAAGUUCUAAAGGCUCUGAAAGAUCUCCAAAUUCCUGACUCUGACCGGAAGAUUAAUUCCCGCAUAUCUUAUCGGGGCGAUACAGAGUGAAGAAAUCACGGCUUGAAAUUAAUUUUUGUGCUAUUUUUAUCGUCAUAUUUUCACCGUUUGAUAACAAGAAGGUGAGGUGAGAAGAAAAAAAGAAAACAGUUCCGAGAAUUUUUAUUUCUCCGUUUGCUGAUUAAAAAAAAAUAAUUUAAUGCAAAUUGCAGCAUUUUCAACCAUUUUCAUGUAAUAAGAAGAAAAAUAAAGGAAAAAUAAAUAAGUUUUUUGUCAAA